AUGGAACCAGUCAGGCAGGAAUGGAUCCAGAAAACAGGCAAAGCACCUCCAUCCUGUAGCUCCCAGCAGUUCAAGUGUGUGACGGGAGGCGAGUGUAUCUCCCUCCAGUUUGUCUGCGAUGGGGAGGAGGACUGCACUGACGGCUCAGACGAACAGAGAACCUGCAGCCUGGACCGGUGCUCAGCGCUGAGCUGUGAGUACCGGUGUCACCUCACCCCACAGGGCGGAGCCUGCUACUGCCCAGAUGGCUUCACCGUGGCCAAUGACAGCCGCUCCUGUGCGGACUAUGACGACUGUGACAUCUGGAGGAUCUGUGACCAGCUGUGUGAAGACCGCCCCGGGACCCACCGCUGCAGCUGUGCAGAUGGAUACUUCCUGGAACAGGGCAACCGCUGCAGGGCCAACAUCUCAGUUGGCUUGCCGCAGCUCAUCUUCACCAAUGGUGGUGACGUGAUGAUGGCAGACAUUCAUGGGCGCUUUAUCAGAACCCUGGUCCCUUCACAGGGCAGAGGUAGUUCGGUGGGUGUGGGGUACCACUGGCACAGUCAGAGGGUCUUCUGGACAGACACUAACACUCAGAAGGUGUACUCUGCCAACUUUGAUGGAGGUGACAUCCAAGAAGUGCUGAACGAGGCCGUUCACAGUGCCCAGAACAUCGCUGUGGACUGGAUCAACUUCAAGCUCUACGUCCUAGAGGCCAGGGUGGAGCGCAUCGACAUGUGUGACUUUGACGGAGGCAACCGGGUCACCCUUGUGGCCGAGAACCUUUUGUCUCCCCACGGGCUGGCUCUGGACCCCACCGUGGGGUACAUGUUCUUCACGGACAGCGGCUACGUCAGUGAGGACAUGAAGCUGGAGAGGGCUUACAUGGAUGGUAGUAACCGUGUGGAGCUGGUGAAGACCAGGCUGGGGAUGCCGACUGGCGUCACCCUGGAUAUUGUCACCCAAAGGGUCUAUUGGUCCGAUAGCCACUUUAACAUGGUGGAAACGGUCACCUACAGUGGUCUGGAGAGGAAAACGGUGCUCAAUGGUGGCACCCAGGUUCCAUACCCAUUUGGCAUCUCUGUUUUUGAAAACCAUUUGUUCUUCACCGACUGGACCAAGAUGGGGGUAAUACGGACCAACCGCUUCAACGGUAGCGACCCGAACCUCAUCUAUCGCACCGCAGACAGACCCGGUCACAUUGUGGUCGUGCACCCUGUCCUGCAACCCAUUGUGAUGAGUCCCUGCGGUCGAAACAACGGGGGCUGUCAGCACAUCUGCGUCCUGAGUCACCUCUCCGACAAUGAUGGCCUGGGCUUCCGCUGCAAGUGUCGUCUGGGUUACGACCUCCAUGAAGACCGCCACAGCUGCUUCAAGGUGAGUGACUACCUGCUACUGGCCACCCAAUACAAAGUGCGUGGGAUCCCCCUGAACGUGUCCCUCCAGGAGGAUGUGACCCUGCCGCUGACCGGUCUGGGGGUCACCUUCUCUUCAUCAGCCGUGGAGUUCGACGGCAACGAGGAGGCCGUGUUCUACAAUGACCGCAGCAGGCAGAUCAUCUACAAGUCCAACACCAACGGCUCCAACACAGAGAUCCUGACAGGCUACAGGGUGGGCCAUGCGAAGUCCAUGGCGUACGACUGGACCUCCAAGGUCCUCUUCUGGACAUCCAGCUCCUACAGGGUGGUGGUGGCCUUCAGAGUGACCGACAAGUCCAGGCGGGACAUCGUGACAGGCCUGAAGAGCCCCAGGGGUCUCGCUGUGCACCCCAGUGCCGGAUAUCUGUUCUGGACUGACUGGUACCGGCCAGCAGUGAUCAUAAGGUCCUGGACUGACGGCAGCAAUGCUGUUCCCCUCAUCAACACCACAUUGGGCUGGCCCAACGGACUCACUAUUGACUACAUGAAUGACAGGCUGUAUUGGGCGGAUGCCCUUCUAGACCAGAUAGGCCACGUGGGCAUUGACGGGUACGACCGACUGAAGUUCUCCAACAUCGGGCAGAUCACCCAACCCUUCUCCAUCACUAUCCAUGCAGAUUACCUGUUUGUGUCAGACUCGAGGACCAGGUCGGUGUUCCGGAUGCGGAAGAGGGACGGGGGUGAAAUUACCCCUAUCCGAAAGGGAAUCUCCGGAAUCCUGAGUGUCAAGGCUUACACAGCUGACCUUCAUGGCAUGUUCAACAGCCGGUGCAACAUGGUGCCAAAUGGCCGCUGCAGCCACUUCUGCUUCCCCGCGCCCUCCUCUAGCCGCGUGUGUGGCUGCCCCUACGGCAUGAAGCUCCAGGAGAACCAGAGGGACUGUGUGAAGGACGACUCAGAACCCCCCAUAGACACCAGCUGCGGAGGCUACUCCUUCCCCUGCGACGGGGGCCACUGCAUGCCCGACUCGUACCGCUGCGACGGGGUUAAAGACUGCAUGGACCAGACGGAUGAGGCCAACUGCACUGACACAGGCAUGACCUGCUCCCCGUGGGCGUUCACCUGCGACAACAAGCACUGCAUACUGUCCGGCUGGCGCUGUGACGGCCACGAAGACUGUGGCGAUGGCUCAGACGAGGUCGACUGCCCCACAAGUCUGCCCUUCACCUGCAGUUCAGAACAGUUCGCCUGCACUGACGGCAGCAGAUGCAUCCCCAAAGCCUGGACGUGUGAUGCUGACAAGGACUGCAGCGAUGGCUCGGAUGAGAGAAACUGCAAUGGGACCAUCGCUACGUGUGAGCCUGGGUACUUCUUCUGUCCCGACCACCGCUGCAUCUACAGCUCAUACGUGUGUGACGGAGACCAGGACUGUAUGGAUGGCUCCGAUGAGAAGGACUGCGAGUUCUCCUGUUCAUCCUAUGAGUUUGCCUGUGCCAGUGGUGACCAUUGUGUCAGUAGCAUCUACCGCUGCGACGGGGUCUUUGACUGUAGGGACCAAUCGGAUGAGAGCGGCUGCCCCACGCGAGGACCUGGCCUCUGCCACAAUGAUGAGUUCCAGUGCCAGACGGACGGCCUGUGCGUGCCCGACGAGUGGGAGUGUGAUGGGCAUCACGACUGCGAGGACGGCUCGGACGAACACAAAUCAUGCCCGCCUGUAACAUGCCACAUCAACUAUUUCCAGUGCGCCAACGGCAACUGCAUCUCUCCGAUCUGGGUGUGCGACGGCGACAACGACUGCAGGGACAUGAGCGAUGAGCAGAACUGCCCCACGCCUCCUUUCAUGUGCCCCUCGGGCCAGUGGCUGUGCCCCACCGACCAGGUGUGCAUCGUCCUAGGGAAGGUGUGCGACGGACAGCGGGACUGUCCUAAUGGAGCUGAUGAGUCACCCCUCUGCAACUGGGGUCAGAACCCGAGGAUAGAGAUGGCCUACAUGGACGGCACCGGGAGACAGGCCAUUGUCACCACCAAGCUCUACUGGCCCAACGGUCUGGCCCUGGACUACACCACGCGCCGGGUCUACUUUGCUGACGCCUACCUCAAGUACAUCGACUACUGCGAUUACAACGGCAACAACCGCUUCCAGGUCAUGACCAGUGAUAUGGUGAGCAUGGGUUCUUCAACACCCCCACGGUAUGACCAUCUUCGAGGACCACAUCUACUGGUCGGAGCGCUAUACUUACCAGGUCCUGAGGACCAACAAGUUCCACGGGGAAACACGACCACCGUGAUCACCAACGUCUACCAGCCCAUGGGCAUUGUCAUGGACCACCCCAUCAAACAACCAGCAGCAAUCAACCCAUGCGCGGAGCACCUGUGCAGUCAGCUGUGCCUACUGUCUGGCUUUAGGCCCAGGUACUACACCUGCCACUGCCAGUCUGGCUGGAACCUCAACAGUGAUGGGCGCACCUGCAUCAAAGAUGACACUCCGUUCCUGAUGGUGGUGAGGGAGACUGUGAUCUUCGGCAUCCCUGUGGACCCGGCCGACCCCUCCAACAACGCCAUGGCACCCGUGUCUGGCAUUACUCAGGGGCGGGACAUUGACUUUGACGACCAGGAGCAGUUUGUCUAUUGGGUGCAGGACUCGAGCUCCAUUUACAGGGUGAAAACUGAUGGAACCAAUAGGACUCUGUUUGCUCCAUCUGCAAUCAUUGGCUCGCCCUCUGGUCUGGCUUUUGAUUGGAUAACUCGCACGAUGUACUACACUAAUCCAACUAAUAAAGCAAUAGAGGUCAUUCGUGUGGAUGGAGUUCAACUCUACAGGAAGACCCUCAUCACAAACACAGGGAAGCCAGAGGGAGCAGGGGAGCCUAUUGGAAUAGCCCUGGACCCAGCCAGAGGUCAAUUGUUCUGGACAGACCGGGGGACAGACAGUGGCGUACCUCCUAAGGUUGCCAGUGCUGACAUGGAUGGAGGCAACCUGAGGAACCUCUACACCGUCAACCAGGGGAUCAUUGGGUUCAUCACCGCAGACAUCGCUAUGAGCAAGCUGUACUGGGGCGUAGCCGGCACCGGAGUGAUUGAGUGUGGUACGAUGGACGGGGUCAGCAGGGUGACCAUAGUGAGCCAGCUGUCCCACCCCUGGGGCCUCACAGUGCACCAGGAUUACCUCUACUACACCGACCUGGACUACGAGGUCAUCGAGAGGGUGGACAAGGGCACCGGGGCCAACAUGGUCGUGCUGAGGAGUGGGAUGACAGGAGUCCGAGCCCUCAAAGUCCACGCCCGAGACAACUCGGCAGGCACCACCAACGGCUGCAGCACCAACAAUGGGGCCUGUCCCCACCUGUGUUUGCCCAAGCCUGGGGGCCAGAAGACAUGUGUCUGCACCACGGGCUUAGUGCCUUCCCAGGAUGGCACCACCUGCGUGCAGUACGACUCCUACGCAGUGGUCUCCACCCCCAGACUUAUCCGAGGCUUCCACAUCAACAACUCCGACCACUCGGAGGCCAUGGUGCCUGUUGCUGGAUACUCUUACUCUGUGAUGGACAAGCUGGAUCUCCACAUCGCCUCUAGGUACAUCUACUGGAUCGACAACAGCACUUCCAGCUCGUACAGAGGGAUCUUCAGGGCUCGGACAGACGGUGGAAGCUUCACUCCCGUCGUCAACCAAGGCAUCGGCCGAGGUGGCAUACAAGGGAUAGCUGUGGACUGGAUCUCAGGCAAUCUCUACUUCACCAACACUAUUGAGGCCCAGACCUACUUGGAGGUGACCCGCCUCGAAACCCCCUACCGCACGGUCCUCCUCAAGUCCACUGAGGACCGGCCCAGUGACCUUGCCGUCAGCCCCAAGCUCCGUUUUCUCUUCUGGGCCGACGGAGGCCAGAACCCCAAAAUUGAACGUGCCCAGCUAGAUGGUGCCAACCGCACCGUGUUAGCCUCCGAGAGCCUGGCAUCGCCACGCGGUCUCACUGUCGACUACACCAACGAUUUCCUGUACUGGACAGACGACGUGCUGGAUAUGAUUUCGCGCAUGGCAGCCGAUGGGACACAGAGGGAGAUUGUCCGUUAUGGGAGUCGAUACCCGGCUCCCUACGGAUUGUCGAUAUUUGGGAAUUCUAUGUUGUGGGUGGAUAGAAAGCUCGGGAAGCUUUUCCAGGCCAGCAAGGAUCCAGCGAAUACCACCCAGCCAGAGGUGAUCCGCGACGGCAUUGACGGGCUCACGGACGUGGUGGUCUUCAACUCCCACGUGCAGCCCGCCGCUGCCAACCUGGUGGGCUUCAACCCGUGCCAGGAGGACAAUGGGCGCUGCCAGCAGCUCUGCUUCGCCCUGCCCGAGCAGGAGAAACCCACUUGCGCCUGCGCCCACGGUUCGCUCCUCAACAAUGGAGUGUCGUGUGGCUACGGUCUGGACGAAUUCCUGGUAUUCACAGACUACACCAUGAAUAGUUUACGUUUAGACCCCUCUGAUCACACUAGCCCCUACCCUACUAUCAACCUGGGCUAUAAUGUGGUGGCGCUGGAUUUUGACUUUGCAGACAAGAGGAUAUUUUUUACUCAGUACAUGGGGAUAGGACGAAGCAGGAUAGGCUAUGUCAUCACCACGGUUACCGGUGCACCUGUCAUCAUAGCCGACAGUGUGCCUCACAACUACCUAUACUGGACUGACUGGGGGAGCCCUGCUAAGAUAGAGAGAGCUACUCUGGGUGGAAACUUCCAGGUGCCCAUCAUCAGCACCAGUCUGUCCCAGCCCAACGGACUUUCCAUAGACUACGAGGAAAGGAUGCUCUACUGGGCCGACGCUUCCCUAGAUAAGAUUGAGCGUUCCACCCUGACCGGGGAGAACCGCCAGGUGAUCAUGAGGGGCGUCCAGUACCCCUACGCUAUGACCGUGUUCCAGCAGGACAUAUACUGGACUGACUGGACCACGCGAGCGGUCUACCGUGCCGGGAAGGACGACGGGUCAGGUUUCACGGUCCUGGUCCAGGAACUACAGUACAGGCCCAACGACAUCCACGUGUACGCCGGCUCCAAGCAGCAGGCUUGCUCAAGCCCCUGUCAGCAGUUUAACGGAGGGUGUAGUCACGUCUGCGUGCCAGGUCCCUCUGGUCCAGAGUGUCAGUGUCCGGUAUCGUGUAACUGGUAUUUGGCCAACAAUGGCAGGGACUGUAUCCAUGACAAUGGUAACAGUUGCCAGCCCGAGCAGUUCACCUGUCUGAAUGGUGGCUGUAUCUCAGUGCGUUUGAAGUGUGACGGCUACAGUGACUGCCAGGACAACUCAGACGAGCUGGAGAGAGUAUGCGCCUUCCACGAGUGCUCGGCCCAGGACUUCACUUGUGACAACGGCCGCUGUGUGGCCCUGUCCUACGUUUGUGACUACGCGAAUGACUGCGGCGACAACAGUGACGAGCUGGGCUGCGCGUUCCCCACCUGUGCCUCCGCCACCGAGUUCACUUGCACCAAUGGACGCUGCAUCUCCGCCGCCUUCGUUUGUGACGGCUACAGUGACUGCCGUGACAACGACACCUCAGACGAGAUCAACUGUCCGCCCAGAACGUGUCCCUCCGGACAAACCAAGUGUGACAGCACCAACAUCUGUAUCUACGCGAGCCAACUGUGCGACGGUUACAACAAUUGUGGGGACAACAGUGACGAAAACCCUUUGUUCUGUGCAGGCCGGACGUGCUCACCCGACCAGUUCCGUUGUGACGAGGGGAAGUGUAUCCCCAGCCACUGGGUGUGUGACUGGAUCAGAGACUGUGUCGACGGGACCGACGAGCCCCCCUCCUGCCGUGAGUACUACCUAACCUGGGCCAUGACCAAAUAAACACCUGACCAGUUCACAUGCACCAACGGGAACUGUAUCCCCAUGUCACUGACGUGUGACGGCAACAACGACUGCUGGGACAAUAGUGACGAGGCACUGGAACUCCAAUGUGGAGAGCGGACAUGCGCUUCUCAUCAGUUCACCUGCCCCCCUCCAUGGCGUCCUGGCCACCCGCGCUGUGUCCCUCUGAGCUAUGUGUGUGAUGGGGAGAAGGACUGUGCCGACGCAGCUGAUGAGCUUCAAAACUGCCCCAACCGCACCUGCCACAUGAAUGAGUUCGCCUGCGCCAAUGGCCUGUGUAUCCUCGUCCCCUUCCACUGUGACCGAGUCAAUGACUGCGGGGACGGCAGCGACGAGUUGGACUGUUCCUACGACACCUGCACCAGCUACCAGUUCACCUGCCAAAACGGCGCCUGCAUCCCAGCCACCUUUGCCUGCGAUGGCGAGGCCGACUGUCUGGACGGUUCUGACGAGGCAGAAGGCCUGUGCAGCACCCCCCAGCCUACCUGUGCCCCGGGAGAGUACUUGUGCAAGUCGGGCGAGUGUAUUGACACCCACAAGGUCUGCAACUCGCAGAAGGACUGCUCGGAUAACAGUGAUGAGAAGGGAUGCGGAAUUAACGAAUGCCAAGAUCCGUCGGUCCACAAGUGUGCCCAGGUCUGCACCGACACCUUGACAGGUUACUACUGCACGUGUAAUGCCGGCUACCACCUCAUGCCUGAUGGUAAGGCGUGUGCAGACCUGGACGAGUGCCGUGACACGCCCGCCGUCUGUAGCCAGAUCUGCGAGAACUCCGCCGGCUCCUUCCACUGCAAAUGCGCCCCGGGCUACGUGCGUGAGCCAGACGGGCGCACGUGCCGCCAGAACAGCGCCAUCGCCCCUUAUCAUCUGUACAGUAAUCGUUAUUACAUUCGUAAUUUGACGACUGACGGUUCGCAGCUGAGCGUGGUUCUGCAAGGACUGUCAAAUGUGGUGGCGCUGGAUUUUGACCAUUACGAAAAGAGGCUGUACUGGUUGGAUGCAGGAAUGGUGCGGAUUGAGAGGAUGCGAUUCGACGGCAGUGAGAGGGAGACGAUAGUGGAUAACAAUGUGGUAGGGGCUGAGGGAAUGGCGGUCGAUUGGGUUGGCAGGAAGCUCUACUGGGUAGACGGAUACUACGGCUCUCUCCACGUGUCAGAGCUGGAUGGUCGUUUCCAGAAGAAGUUGCUGAGCGGCUGCGUGGGACCUAACGCCACCUACUGCUUUGUCCGGCCCCGUGCCGUAGCCGUCAACCCCAAAUAUGGCUGGCUGUAUUGGACAGACUGGGGGGACACCGCCUACAUUGGCAGGGUUGGUAUGGAUGGUACCAACGCCACUGCCCUCAUCACCACCAAGCUGGAGUGGCCCAGUGCCCUGACCAUUGACUACACCACCAACAAGAUCUUCUUCGCCGACUCCCACCUCAAUUUCCUAGAUUUUGCUGAUAUGGACGGGGAGAACCGCCACCGGGCCAUAGCAGGCUCCCUGCCUCACCCCUUUGCCGUCACCCUGUUUGAAGACUGGGUCUACUGGACUGACUGGAACACCCACACCGUUGAGAAGGCCCACAAGUACACUGGGACCGGCCGCGUCGUCAUGGGCAACAACACACACCGGCCAAAUGACAUCCAUGUAUACCAUCCCUACAGGCAGCCUCGCAGCGAUAACCCUUGUGCAACACACCACCUAACCUGUAGCCACCUGUGUCUGAUUGGUCCUGGCGGGACCAGUGCUACGUGUGAGUGUCCAGACCACUUCAUUGGCCUCUCCGUGGGCUUCAAGAUCCAGUGUGUGGCCGACUGUUCCAGCACCCAGUUCCGCUGCGGAGACAACGAGAAGUGUGUCUCCAUCUGGUGGAAGUGUGAUGGUCAGUCCGACUGUGGUGACGGGUCCGACGAACCCCUCACCUGCCCGCCCCGCUACUGUCCAAUUGGUCAGUUCCAGUGCCAGGAAGGGAACUGCACUCAUCCUGGCUUCCUGUGUGACGGACACGCUGACUGCCGUGACAAUUCAGAUGAGGACGCUGCCCUCUGCAGUGACCACAGGUGUGCAGAAAAUCAGUUCCAGUGUAAGAACAAGCAGUGCAUCCCUGUGUCACUGCACUGUGACGGCAUCAUCGACUGUUCUGAUGGGAGUGACGAGGACCCUGAUGGCUGUGCCCAGAAGACAUGCCGACCGGGCCAGUUCACGUGCGCAAACGGAGUGUGUAUCCCGCCCAACUAUGUGUGUGACACUCAGAACGACUGCGGAGAUGGAUCCGAUGAGCCUUACGAGAUCUGCAUGGGGCCAGAAUAUAACUGCGACGAGCUCACAGAGUUCUCCUGUAAGACCAACUACCGCUGUAUCCCCACCUGGGCCGUGUGCGAUGGCUUCAAUGACUGCAUCGACAACACCGACGAGCAGAACUGCGAGGCGUUGACCUGUGACCCCCUGGGAGACUUCCGUUGUGACAACCACCGCUGUGUGCCCAUCCGCUGGAAGUGUGACGGCAGCAACGACUGUGGUGACGGCUCUGAUGAGAGGGACUGCGUGCCAAGGCCGUGCUCGGAGAGCGAGUAUCGCUGUGACAACCAGCAGUGCAUACCUGGAAACUGGGUGUGUGACCAUGACAACGACUGUGGGGACAACUCAGACGAGCGCGACUGUGAGUUGAAGACAUGUCGUCCAGGGUAUUUCCAGUGUCUGUCGGGUCACUGUAUCCCCGCCGCUCUUCAAUGUGACGGACGACCAGACUGCUUGGACAUCUCUGACGAGAGCUCCUGUCCGACCCGUUACCCAGGGGGCCGCUGGUGUCCCAACCACCAGUUCCAGUGUGCGAACAAGCUGUGUGUGUAUGAGAACUGGGUGUGUGACGGCAAUGAUGACUGUGGAGACCACUCCGACGAGGAGCUCAUCUUAUGUUUGAACAUCACCUGUGAGAUGCCAUCGAGGUUCCGCUGCGCUAACGGCUACUGUAUCUACUCUGGGAAUCUGUGUAACCAGAAGGACGACUGUGGGGACGGAAGUGAUGAGAAGGAGGACCUCUGCUGUGAGCCCACCCUGGCUCCUUGCACGCUCCAAGAGUUCAAAUGUACCAAUGGACAGUGUGUUUCCCUGCCUGUGUGUGACCACAAUGACAACUGUGGGGACCUCACUGACGAGAUAGGCUGCAAUUUUGGCCAUGACCGGACCUGUGAGGAGAACUGUCAGCACGAGUGUACCAACCUGAACAGGACCGGCUUCAUCUGCUCCUGUAGACCUGGAUACAGAGUGGACCCGGACAGCACCUUCAACUGCAUAGAUAUCAACGAGUGUGAGGCACAUGGGACUUGCCCGCAGGUCUGCAAGAACACCAAGGGCGGGUACGACUGUGAGUGUGCCCCCGGGUACCGCAAAGUGGGCAAUGGCAACCAGUGUGAAGCUGAGGGUGCCGGGCCUCUCCUGUUGCUCCCAGAGAAUAUCCGUAUCCGGAAGUUCAACUUGCAGAUGGAGGCCUACCAUGACUUCCUCGAGGAGCAGGAGCACAUCAUGGCUCUGGACUAUGACUGGGACCACAACAACACUGGACUCAGUAUGGUGUAUUUCACAGUGGAGGGGAAGGACAGUGCAGCAGGCGCCAUCAAGAGGGCAUAUAUACCCACAGUGGAUGACAAUAGCAACAAUAUUGCCGCCGCUGUCGACCUGGGCAUCAAAUACAUUACCACACCAGAUGGCAUCGCUGUUGACUGGGUCGGAAGGAACCUUUACUGGGCGGACUCGAGAGUCAAGAGGGUAGAGGUGGCCAUGCUGGACGGGCGCUACAGGAAGCACCUGGUCAAGACGGACAUUGACCAUCCCUCUGCUGUGGCUGUCAAUCCUCGACUGGGGAUGCUGUACUGGGCGGACCGCGGAACCGCGGCCAGGAUCGAGUACUCUUGGUUGGACGGGCAGCACCGGAAUGUCCUGGUGCCCGAAGGCCUGGGUUUUCCCACAGGCCUGUCAAUCGACUACGCCAACGGUGACCGGGUCUACUGGUCCGAUGCCAAGGAUCGCAUUGAGUCGGUGCUACCUUCCGGAGAAGACCGCCGCACUGCACUGUAUAUUGAUGUGCGGUACCCUUUCAGUGUGAGUGUGUUUGAGGACCACAUUUACUGGAGCACGCAGGAGAAAGGGGAAGUGUUCCGACAGGACAAGUUUGGCCGUGGCACCAAGACCAAGCUGCUCACCGCUGGGUCCUGGCUCACCCAGAUCAGUGUGUACCAGCAGCAGAGAUACAACUCAAUAGGCAUGAAAACCCCUUGUAAAGGGACCUGUAGUCACUUGUGUCUGCUCAGACCUGGAGGCUACACCUGCGCCUGCCCUGAGGGAUCCAGCUUUGUCUCUGGCAGCAACACAGACUGUGAUGCAGGAUUUGACCCUCCACCCACCAUGCCCCCUCCAUGCCAGUGUAUAAAUGGCGGAACAUGCUACUUUGAUGACAACAAGGCCAUGUGCAUAAUGGCAGGGAGACUUUUGCGAGAUAAACAUAUUUGGGGUGGUCGCAUCUUCAGGUACAUGCUACAGUUCAUCCAUGAUCCAUCGUUAUUUUGUUCAUACAUUUUUUUCCAUACCACAAGAUGCCAAUGUCUUUCCGUCUCCCCUUUGUCUCUGUCUUUCUCCCUUUCACCUCAUAUCCUUCUCUCCCUUCUCUUUCACUCUCUCUCUCUCUCAUUCUCUCCCUCCCAGUGGGUAUAGCCAUCGGGGUGACUGUACUGAUAGUACUUCUCCUUGGGGGUCUGGUCUAUGCUGCCCAGAGGAAGGCCAGUGUCACGGA